CUAUCGAACUUAUUAUUUUCCCAUUUAUCUUUCUUUGUUAUUUCAUUAACACGGUAUUAGUAUGACUUCCUCUAAGUGAUUGCCCUUCUAUUUAAGCACAAUUUCUCUUCAUUAUGAACUAACACUUUUUGAGUUUAGAGUUAUACUUCAAGUGAGACUCAAACUUCUUCAUUCUUUUAUGGGGUCUCAAGCUAUGGCUUCGAAGGUAUCAAUCAUGUCAACAUGGACGGUUAAGGCUGCUGGAAGGAGUGUGAUUGAUGAUUGUGAGAUAAUCGAGUUGACACCGUGGGACAUCCUCGAGCUUCAAAUUGAGUAUGGUCAAGGUGGAGUCCUCUGUUACAUGCCUACAUCUCAACAAAUUAAAGAUAUGACAAAAGCAACCAAUACUACAUCCUUGAUGGAUCAUCUUAGAGUUUCACUAUCUCGAGUUUUGGAUUUCUUCCCUCCAUUAUGCGGCCGCCUUGAGGCAGAAGAAGAGCAGAGUGGUGGUUUCUUCAUUAAAUGUAACGACGCUGGUGUUCAAUUCAAUCAUGCCGUAGCUGAUGGUGUUACAGUUGAUGACAUUUUGGAUCAAUCAAAAUGCGUUCCUCAUGUGGUACGUGAUUUUUUCCCAUUAAAUGGAGUUCGAAACAUAGAGGCUACAUCCAAACCAUUCUUAGGUGUGCAAGUAACAGAGCUUGUUGAUGGCAUUUUCAUUGGAUGCACAGGUAAUCAUUCAUUACUUGACGGAUCUUCUUUUUGGCAUUUUUUUACUUCUUGGGCUGAGAUAUCUCGCGGUUUUAAUGUCAUAUCACAAAUCCCCUUUCUGAAACGUCAAUUCCCUUUCAAAAUUGACAAUUUCUCUAAUCGCAUUUCCAUACCAAAUGAAAGAAUCGAUAGCAAUAGCAAUAGCAAUAGCUCACAUGAACAUGAUCCACCAGUAUUGCAAGAUAAGAUAUUUCAUUUUACCAAAGAAAGUAUAGCCAAGCUAAAAUCAAAGGCCAAUGUUGAAAUGAAAACCACCAAGAUAUCUUCUCUUCAAGCUGUGUUAGCUCAUGUUUGGCAAUCCAUUAUACGUUGUCGUAAUCUGGAUCACAACGAAGAGACUACUUUUGAGGUACCAAUGGACAUGAGGAAAAGAUUGAAUCCUCCUUUACCUGAAGGAUUCUUUGGAAAUGCAAUUUACCCUGCAACCAUAACGGUGAAGACAGGGGAGCUACUGAAGGACGGGGGAUUCGAAUGGGCUGCUUUACAAAUAAAUGAGAUGAUUGCUUCUCAUGAUCAUGAAAAAUUCAAGUGCAUAUACGAGAACUGGAUGAACGAUCCAGAGAUAACAAAACUAGGUGAUUUGCCAAGGAAUUACUUCAUGUUGCACAACUCUCCGCGAUUCAAUUAUAAUAAGUAUGAUUUUGGUUGGGGAAAACCAAUUGCACAGAGAGGUGGGAUGUCAAAUAUGUUAGAGGGGAAAAUUGAUGUUUCACCUGGGAUAGAAGAAGGGAGUAUGAUUUUUGAGAUUUGUCUUUCUCCAAAGACAAUACAAGCAUUGGAGGAACAAAAAAUGUUUGUUGAUAUGGAAUGAACAAUUAAAUUAGUAAGUAGUGUAUUCAUAUUAUGCAUGAAAUGAAUAAGGAGAAAAUGUAGUGUCUAAAUUUUUUUAUGAAUCUUUUGUCAGGAUAUAGCAUCACCUGCUGUUUGUAUUUGAGAGGCUGUUUUUAUGUUUUUGAUUUGAGAAGUUACAUUCUUUUCUAGUUGUACUAUCUCUUGUGGUAAAUAUGUGCUUAUUGCAUAUUACCAUAAUAUAAGUUUUUUGUUAUAUUAGUUAUCAUGUUUACGGUUUGCAAUUGCAAGCUUCCA